AACAGAAAUCACUACCAUGAAACUUAUCAGGCACCCAUACAUAACAAGAAUGCAUGAGGUGAUGGCCAGCAAGACAAAGAUAUACAUUGUUCUGGAACUUGUUACGGGUGGAGAACUCUUUGACAAGAUUGCUAGUCAAGGACGGUUGAAGGAGGAUGAUGCAAGAAAAUAUUUUCAGCAGUUAAUUAAUGCCGUGGAUUUUUGUCAUAGCAGAGGUGUAUUUCACAGGGACUUAAAGCCGGAAAACCUACUGUUGGACUCUAGUGGGGUUCUUAAAAUCUCGGAUUUUGGUUUAAGUGCGUUACCACAGCAAAUUCGAGAAGACGGUUUGCUUCACACGACAUGUGGGACUCCCAAUUAUGUCGCUCCUGAGGCGGAGAGGAGAGCUGGCGACAGCCUGUCGCCAGCGGCUAAACCUGACGCAAAGGUCAGACAAACAUUGGAUGUAAUCGAGAAUCAGAAAAGUGCGCUCAGACUCCUUGGCAGCCUCUUCGAAUUUGCAGUCAGCAGCAAGCAUCCUGACAUACUGGGUAACGAUAUAGGACGUGAGCACUACACUGAAGGUGUAGUGGAAGAUGGAAGAGGAUUUGUACUGGUUGCGGACACAGUUAAGGAUGUGGUGGGGCUUGAUGGGGUUACCUUGAUUUAA